CCUCCUCUCGUCUUUUAGUAGCGCCCACUUCUCUGCAUCGACCGUGGCCGCACUUUACUUACUAUUACGUGGAAACGUCGUUGCGAUGUGUUUCGAUGAGUAAAAAGUAAUCGAAAACGUUAUCUAUCUGAAUAAUAUCGUUAACAUCCUGUUACCGGAACCGGAACCAUUGGUGACGUCAUAUGGGGUGGCUUGGUUGUCGGUUGAGGUUCAAAGGCCAGUUCCGAGCUGCCGUGGCUGACGUUCGGAGAUGCUUGCUUGAUUAGAGCUGGACUCUGAAUCAAAAUUCUUUUAUGAAGUGUGCAACUUAAACAUUGGAGUACUGGAAUGUUAACAGCCAUGUAUCACUGUAAUAUGUUUUGGUUUGGACUGAGUGUUGUGAUGUCCUUUUUUGGAAACUCAUAUGAACAGCAUUCAGAACAUUUAGUUGUGGCUCAUGAUGUAUAUCCUGGAUACAGCAUAAAGAAGUUAAUAAAUAGGGGUCAGUCAUUUAGUCUUAUCAAUAAUGAAUUUUCAAAUUAUUUUACCAUAUUCAGUGAUGGUGUUCUGGUUCCAACAGCUAGUAUAGCUCAUUUUAUAGAUUCCCCAUUUACUUUGAUUGUUAGAGAAGAUUAUCCUAACAGAACUGUAGAAAAAAAUUUAAUCAUUCAUGUAAUGGAAAAAGACAAGAUGUUAAAAUUUAUAAAGGAUACAUAUUUAGGAAGUGUAACAGAGAAUGAACCAAAAGGUUCUGAAGUAGAAGGUUUGGAUUUAUUUUUUGCAACAACUGAUCCAAAGGAUCAAGUAAAAUAUCAGUUUAUAGAUGGAAAUGAAGAUAAUUCAUUUUCGAUCAGGCAACAAUCAGCAAAUGAUACAAAUCUCAUUAUAUAUACAAAUAAUUCAUUGGAUCGUGAAACUAGAGAGGAAUACAAUCUGACUUUAGAAGCAUCUAAUAGUAAAGGUGAUAGUGCAAAGACUUUCAUUAGGAUAAAAGUUGAGGAUGUAAAUGAUAAUCCUCCUCAUUUAUUAAAGAAUAGUUAUAAAUUCCAAAUACCAGAUUCUACAGAGCUACACAAAGUUAUUGGAAAGAUAAUUGCAGUGGAUGCUGAUGGUGAUCAACCUGUAUAUCAUUUUUCAAAAAAGCAUUCGGUGUUUACUAUUAUUCCAAAAACAGGACAGAUAUUAUUAUUGGAAAAACCACAGCUGAAAACUUACAAAUUCCUAGUGGAAGCUCACGAUAAUCGUAAACCACGUUUAACAAGUAAUCCUGUUCCAGUUAUAAUUGAAGUAUACAGCCAUAAGAAAGUCAACGAAAAUACAACAGAAAAUCAAGUUAUAUUAGUGCGUAGUAAAAGAUCGGGUAGACCUACAAAGACUUAUGAGUAUAAAGAAACAGAUGGAAGUAUCAAGGGUAAAAUAAUGUUUCAUUUAGAGAAACGAAAUAACGAAGAAACAUUUAAAUUAGAAGGUAUAAAUCGUUGGAUAGACAUUGAGGAAAAUGGAAGUGUUAAAGUAAAGGAACCUUGGGACUACGAACAGUUAGAAAAAGAAAAAACUAUAGAUUUUUGGGUUUUAAUAGGCAUUCCAGGAUUUCAAGAACAUGAAAAACAGCGUGUUAUUAUUCACGUGAAAGAUGUCAACGAUGAGAGUCCUUAUUUUAUAAAUAGACCUCUACCUAUGCAAGCUGUAGUACAAUUAAAUGCACCUCCAGGUACUCCUGUUUUCAAAUUACAAGCUAGGGAUCCUGACCAAGAUCAUGAUAUACAUUAUUACUUAGUUCGAGAUCGAACUGGUGGCAGAUUUGAAGUUGAUGAAAGAUCUGGAGAAGUACGAACAUUAGGAAGUGAUCCUUUCAUGUUGGAUAAAGAAUAUGUAUUGUAUGUAAAAGCUGAAGAUCAAAAUGGACAAAUGGAAAGUGGUAGUAGCACUUUGCAGUAUCAAUCGACUGGAGAGAAAAGGUUAUCUAUAAUGGGAGGGAAAAGACCACCUCAGUUCUAUAUGUCAAAAUAUGAAGUAACCAUUCCUGAAAAUCAAAAGAAAGAUUCUGAUAUUAUUGAAGUGAAAGCAAAAUCAUUUGCUGAUAGAGAGAUUAGAUAUACAUUAAGAGCUCAAGGUAAAGGUGCUGGAACUUUCAAUAUUGGUCCUACAACGGGAGAAGUAAAAUUAGCAAAGGAUUUGGAUUAUGAGGAUUUACGACAACCAAAGUCAUAUUCUCUUAUUGUUACUGCAACUGAAGAUUCUGGCGGAUUUUCCACAUCUGUUGAGCUGACAAUAAAAGUAACUGAUGUAAAUGAUAAUCCACCAAGAUUUGAAUUACCUGAUUAUCAAGCUCAUAAUGUUCCUGAAGAUGUAGAAAUUGGAACUUCAAUUUUACAAGUUUCUGCUGCUGACAUGGAUCAAGGGAAAAAUUCUGAAAUUGAAUAUUCUAUAGAUAAAGAUGAAUUUACAAUUGAUAAUAAAGGCAUUAUUCGUUCCAAUAAGAGACUUGAUGCAGAUAUUAUGAAUACAUAUGUUUUAACAGUCAGAGCUACAGAUCAAGGAGAUCCUCCUUUAACUGGAACAGCAACAGUACGAGUUUAUACAGAAAACAAAAAUGAUGAACCACCAAAAUUUAGCCAAGAUGUAUAUACACCCAACGUAGAUGAAAAUGCUGGUCCUAAUACAUUAGUUACAACAGUGGUUGCAAGUGAUAUUGAUGGUGAUAGUAUUAUUUUUGGUUUUGUUGGAGGAGGAACAAUUUCUGGAAUGUUUCAAAUAGAAGAAAGAACUGGAGUGAUUAGACUCAUAAAUGGGCAAAUACAAUUAGAUAGAGAUAAAUAUGAGCUGAAUGUGACAGCUAGAGAUGAUGGAUCAUGUUGUAAAGGAGGAGGUUUGACAACUCACACAAGUACUGCCUUAGUUGUUGUAUUUAUUACUGAUGUUAAUGACAACAAACCUGAUUUUGAGCAAUGUGCUACUUAUGCGCCAAAGGUUGAAGAAGGAGCUCCAAGUGGAACAUUUGUCAUCAAAGUAAAAGCAAUGGAUCAAGAUAAAGGUCAUAAUGGACAAGUUCGCUAUUCAAUAGUGCAACAACCAAAUCAAAGAGGAACAAAAUUUAUAGUUGAUGAAAUAUCUGGAGAAAUUCGAACAAACAAAGUUUUUGAUAGAGAAGGUGAUGAUGGACGAUUUGUUAGUGUUACUGUUAAAGCUACUGACCGUGGUAAUCCACCACUAGAAGGUGUAUGUUCGUUUAAGGUAGAAAUAACUGAUAUUAAUGACAAUCCACCGUUAUUUGAUCGUCAAGAAUAUAGAGAGAAUGUAAAGCAGGAUACUCAGAAAGCUACAAAUAUUCUUCGUGUAUCAGCUUCAGAUGAGGAUGCAGAUAACAAUGGUGCUAUAAUUUACAAUCUUACUGCUCCAUACGACCCAUCAGAUCUUGAUUAUUUUGAAAUUAACCCAGAUUCAGGUUGGAUUAGUUUGAAAAAAGCAUUAGAUAGAGGUCAAUAUCAUUUAAGAGCUAUUGCAUUAGAUAAAGGUAUUCCUCAACAUAGAGCAACUGUAGAUGUGAUUAUGCAAGUUGUAGAUAGAGCAAAUAAUCCCCCAGUUUGGGAUCAACCAGUUUAUGGACCAAUUCCAAUCAAAGAAAAUCUAGAAGUUGGAAGCAAAGUUACUUCAAUUAGAGCAAGAUCAGGGAUCCCAGAUAGUCCUACUGUGUUUUACUCUUUAAUGAAAGGUGGAACAGAACAGACAAACAAGAGAGAUACUUUUUAUUUAAAAGAAAGAUCAGAAAAUGGAAAUACUUGGGCUGAUAUUUUUGUAAAUUAUCCAUUGGAUUAUGAAAGAAUACAGCAAUAUAAUUUAACAGUCAGAGUAGAGAAUAAUGGUGCAAGACAGUUAGCCUCUGAAGCAACUGUAUAUAUUGUAUUAGAGGAUGUAAAUGAUGAAAUACCUCUUUUUAUUGAACAAGAACAAGAAACUGUUUUAGAAGGCAUGCCACCUGGAACUAAAGUCACACAGAUUCAGGCAGUUGAUAAAGAUGGAACAUAUCCAAAUAAUAAGGUUUAUUAUGGAAUUGAACCAAAAGAUGGUGGUAAUAAAUACUUCAGAAUUGACAAAGAGACUGGAGAAAUAUUUACAAGAAUGGAAUUUGAUAGAGAAGAGAAACAAGCAUAUGUAAUAUUAGUAAAAGCAGAAGAUGGGAAUCCUUCUGACCGUCCAAAUAUGAAACCAGGAGAACCAAAUUCUGGUAUGUACUAUAUUCAUAUUUAUUUUAUUAUAGAGUUGGCCAAUAAGUCUGUGGUGUUUUUGGUGACAGAUGGUUGUAAACAUUAUGAGGUUUGUUCAAAAAAAAGAGUAGACUUUUGUCAUAGCGUGCGAACCAUUGCACCAAUUGAACUAUGGCAAGUGAUGCCACAAAGCUGGAAACUUUGGCAAAACAUGGAGCAAGCCUGUAAAAAGAUGUAUGAUGUUUAUGGCAAGGAUGUCUUGAAAGAAUAUAUAUGCCAUAAAUGGUUUGUGGGAUUUUGUUCUGGUGAUUUUUCUGUCCUAGACAAACCACACUCAGGCCAGCCACAAGAAAAUCUAAUACAAAUUGAUUUCUGUUUAGCAUCAAGAAUACGUUAUGAGAUCACUCAAGGAAAUAUAGGUGGAGCUUUUGCUGUAAGAAAUGAAACAGGUGCUAUUUAUGUGGCUGGUCCACUUGAUUAUGAAACUCGCAAAAUGUAUAACCUUACACUUGUGGCCUCAGAUACUCUAUAUGAAAACAACACUAGAGUAAUCAUAAGAGUUAAAGAUAUCAACGACUUGCCUCCAAAAUUUGAUCAAUCUACAUAUGAAACAGAAAUUUUUGAAGAAGAUUCUCAAGGUUUACCAAAAAAGAUUUUAAAGGUAACUGCAACUGAUGGAGAUAGGGAUAGACAUUCUGAUAUAGUAUAUUUUUUAACUGGUCAAGGUGUUGAUCAAGAAAUGGCAAAUAGUAAAUUUGCUAUUAAUAGUACCACUGGUGAAAUUUAUGUACUGAAACCAUUAGAUCGUGAUCUUCCUCAUGGCAGAUCUCAAUGGAGAUUCACAGUAUUUGCAGAUGAUGAAGGAGGAAAUGGUCUUGUUGGUUAUGCUGAUGUGUUAGUAAACUUAAAAGAUAUAAAUGACAAUGCACCUUUCUUUCCAUAUGCUAUUUAUACAGGAAAUGUUACUGAAAAUGGCACAGCAGGUAUGACAGUUAUGACAAUGACUGCAACUGAUUAUGAUGAUCCAAAUGAAGGUUCCAAUGCCAGAUUAAGAUAUUCUAUAGAACAGAAUCAAGUAAAUGAAAAUGGAGAACUAAUUUUCACAAUAGAUGAUGAAACAGGAGUUAUAUCAACAGCAGUUUGUUGUUUGGAUAGAGAAACAAAUCCUGAAUAUACAAUAAAAGUUGUAGCCAUGGAUGGUGGUAGUUUAAAAGGAACUGGUACAGCAACCAUAAAAAUUAAAGAUAUCAAUGAUAUGCCACCUGAAUUUACUAAAAAGGAAUGGUUUGUUGAAGUUGAUGAAACUGAAAGUGAUGAUAUUCCAGAAACACCAAUACUUGUGGUUUCAGUGAAUGAUGGAGAUCUUUUAGAAACUAACCGAUUCAGCUACAAAGUGAUUGAUGGUGCAUUUGGGGCUGAUAAAUUUACAAUGGUCACAAAUUCUGAUGGUACAGGAUCAUUGAAAAUUGCCAAGCCUUUAGAUUUUGAGGAUCCACAACAACGAUAUGGCUUCAAUAUAACAAUUCAGGUUAGUGAUCAUGGAGGUGAAACAUCAGAUGCAUAUCAUGUAGACUAUGCUAAAGUUCGUGUCCGUUUACAAGAUAUUAAUGAUAAUAAGCCUGAAUUUCAAAAAGCAAAUAUUGAAGUUACUGUUGAAGAAAAUGCUCAAACAGGUACAAGUUUAGCAACAUUUAGAGCUACGGAUGCAGAUCAAGGAGGAAAGUCACAAGUGAGUUAUUCAAUUGAUCGAUCAUCUGACAAGAAACGGCAAUUUACAAUUGAUAGAAAUGGAGUUGUGAAAAUUCAGAGAAUGCUAGAUAGAGAAGAAACUCCUAGACACCAAGUAAAAAUACUUGCAACAGAUGAUGGUUCACCACCACGUACUGCAACUGCAACAUUAACAGUUGUUGUUAGUGAUAUAAAUGAUAAUGCACCAAGAUUUGUUAAAGAUUACCGACCAGUUAUAUUGGAAAAUAGUCCCCCUCAAAGAGUAGAACAGAUAUUGGCUACUGACGAUGAUGAUCGAUCAAAAGGAAAUGGGCCACCAUUUACAUUCCGUUUAGAUCCCAAUGCACCAGACAUUAUCAGGCAAUUUUUUGAUGUUCAUCAUGAUCCUACUGGUGCAAAUGGUGAUGGAAUGGCAGUUGUUAACUCUAAAGUCAGAUUUGACAGAGAACAGCAAAAAGAAUAUUUGGUACCAUUAGUUAUGAAAGACAAUGGAAAUCCAUCUAUGACAAGUACUGGGACUUUAACAGUUGUUAUUGGUGAUAUUAAUGACAAUAGAAUGCAUGCUGGUAGCAAGAGCAUUUUUGUUUAUAACUUCAAAGGAGAAUCACCUCCAACACCAAUUGGUAGAGUUCAUGUUGAAGAUUUAGAUGAUUGGGAUUUACCAGAUAAAACUUUCUUCUGGGAAAAUAAUAUGCCACAUCCAAAUUUUGAUUUAGAUGAACAAACUGGUCUCAUUACAAUGAAACAAGUUACUAGUGGAAGGACUUACAUUCUCAGAUUUGUUGUAUUUGAUAGAUUAUUUUCACAGGAAGUUCAAGCUAAUGUUUCUGUUACUGUCAAAGAGAUUUCUGAAGAGGCUAUUUAUAAUUCAGGAUCAAUAAGAAUUUCUGGCAUUACAGCUGAAGACUUCAUUAGAGUCUGGAAUUGGAAAGAAAAUCGUCAAGUUAUUAGUAAAUAUGAAAAGUUUCGUAACUGUAUUGCACGUCUUACUAGUGCACGUAAAGAAAAUGUUGACGUCUUUAGUGUAAUUCUCAAACAAGAAAGACCUCCUAUCACUGAUGUAAGAUUUUCAGCACAUGGAUCACCCUAUUAUAAAGCAGAAAUGCUCAAUGGAAUAGUUGCCUUAAAUAGAGAAUUGAUAGAACAAGAAGUUGGCAUCAAUAUAACAAUGGUUGGAAUUGAUGAGUGCCUUAUUGAAAAUCAUAAUUGUGAAACUAGUUGUACAAAUGUUUUGAUGGUGGAUAGGCAACCAAUUAUGGUAAAUGCUAAUCGUACAUCAUUUGUUGGAGUAAACACGUGGGUUCAACCAAAAUGUACAUGCGGUGCUAGAGAUUUUUCAGAAAAAGAAAGUUGCCGUAAAAGACCACCACCUUGUUUUAAUGAUGGAAUGUGUUCAGAAACAACUAUUGGAAUAAAAUGUAAAUGUCAUCGUGGAUAUGAAGGACCACAAUGUCAACAGACUACUCGAUAUUUCAAUAGAGGUUGGGCCUGGUUUCCUGCAUUGCAACAGUGUGAAGAGUCUCACUUCUCAUUGGAAUUUAUGACUCGCAAACCUGAUGGAUUAUUAUUUUAUAAUGGCCCUAUUUCUGAUCCAGAAUUUGGAGAAGAAGUAGUUCAAGAUUUUAUUUCAUUGGAACUUGCAAAUGGUCGACCACGACUUUUAAUAGAUUUUGGUUCAGGUACAUCAGAAGUAGAAGUUUUUGUAAAAGAAGGCCUCCAUGAUGGAGAAUGGCACAAAAUUGAUGUAUUUUGGGAUAGAGAGGUAUCUGGAUAUGCUAGUUCACCACCACGUACUGCAACUGCAACAUUAACAGUUGUUGUUAGUGAUAUAAAUGAUAAUGCACCAAGAUUUGUUAAAGAUUACCGACCAGUUAUAUUGGAAAAUAGUCCCCCUCAAAGAGUAGAACAGAUAUUGGCUACUGACGAUGAUGAUCGAUCAAAAGGAAAUGGGCCACCAUUUACAUUCCGUUUAGAUCCCAAUGCACCAGACAUUAUCAGGCAAUUUUUUGAUGUUCAUCAUGAUCCUACUGGUGCAAAUGGUGAUGGAAUGGCAGUUGUUAACUCUAAAGUCAGAUUUGACAGAGAACAGCAAAAAGAAUAUUUGGUACCAUUAGUUAUGAAAGACAAUGGAAAUCCAUCUAUGACAAGUACUGGGACUUUAACAGUUGUUAUUGGUGAUAUUAAUGACAAUAGAAUGCAUGCUGGUAGCAAGAGCAUUUUUGUUUAUAACUUCAAAGGAGAAUCACCUCCAACACCAAUUGGUAGAGUUCAUGUUGAAGAUUUAGAUGAUUGGGAUUUACCAGAUAAAACUUUCUUCUGGGAAAAUAAUAUGCCACAUCCAAAUUUUGAUUUAGAUGAACAAACUGGUCUCAUUACAAUGAAACAAGUUACUAGUGGAAGGACUUACAUUCUCAGAUUUGUUGUAUUUGAUAGAUUAUUUUCACAGGAAGUUCAAGCUAAUGUUUCUGUUACUGUCAAAGAGAUUUCUGAAGAGGCUAUUUAUAAUUCAGGAUCAAUAAGAAUUUCUGGCAUUACAGCUGAAGACUUCAUUAGAGUCUGGAAUUGGAAAGAAAAUCGUCAAGUUAUUAGUAAAUAUGAAAAGUUUCGUAACUGUAUUGCACGUCUUACUAGUGCACGUAAAGAAAAUGUUGACGUCUUUAGUGUAAUUCUCAAACAAGAAAGACCUCCUAUCACUGAUGUAAGAUUUUCAGCACAUGGAUCACCCUAUUAUAAAGCAGAAAUGCUCAAUGGAAUAGUUGCCUUAAAUAGAGAAUUGAUAGAACAAGAAGUUGGCAUCAAUAUAACAAUGGUUGGAAUUGAUGAGUGCCUUAUUGAAAAUCAUAAUUGUGAAACUAGUUGUACAAAUGUUUUGAUGGUGGAUAGGCAACCAAUUAUGGUAAAUGCUAAUCGUACAUCAUUUGUUGGAGUAAACACGUGGGUUCAACCAAAAUGUACAUGCGGUGCUAGAGAUUUUUCAGAAAAAGAAAGUUGCCGUAAAAGACCACCACCUUGUUUUAAUGAUGGAAUGUGUUCAGAAACAACUAUUGGAAUAAAAUGUAAAUGUCAUCGUGGAUAUGAAGGACCACAAUGUCAACAGACUACUCGAUAUUUCAAUAGAGGUUGGGCCUGGUUUCCUGCAUUGCAACAGUGUGAAGAGUCUCACUUCUCAUUGGAAUUUAUGACUCGCAAACCUGAUGGAUUAUUAUUUUAUAAUGGCCCUAUUUCUGAUCCAGAAUUUGGAGAAGAAGUAGUUCAAGAUUUUAUUUCAUUGGAACUUGCAAAUGGUCGACCACGACUUUUAAUAGAUUUUGGUUCAGGUACAUCAGAAGUAGAAGUUUUUGUAAAAGAAGGCCUCCAUGAUGGAGAAUGGCACAAAAUUGAUGUAUUUUGGGAUAGAGAGACGGUACGACUAGUAGUCGAUAAUUGUAAAAACAGUGAGCCCAAAGAUGAUACUGAUCCACCUAAGAAUGGUCGUUCUAGUUGCGAAGGUCAUGGUGCAAUUGUGGCAUUCAACGAAUUUCUAAAUGUCAAUACGCCUCUACAGUUAGGUGGUGUACAUCAUCAGAAAUUAAAUAAUUAUAAUUGGAAAUUUCAGCAUACAAGAACAGGAUUUGAAGGAUGCAUCAGAAGAGUUACUCAUAACAGUGAAAUGUAUGAUUUAGGAACUCCUGGAAGUUCAAAUGGUAGUAAAAUUGGUUGUCCUCCAGCUGAAGAUUCUUGUUCUGCUAACAGUAUAACUCGUCUUUGUGAUCACGGUCUAUGUGAGGGUACAUAUAAUUCUGCAAAAUGCAUAUGUGAUCCAGGGUGGCAUGGUGCUCGUUGUGAUAAAGCUACACAAUCAAAAAUGUUCGAAAAGAGUAGCUAUAUCAAAUAUGCAUUAUCCUUUGAACCGCAUCCAUAUGUAACAGAUAUACAACUACAGUUUCGAACAAGACAAAAACAUGGAGAACUUUUCAGAGCAACUAGUAAACAUGGACGAGAAUACUGUAUAUUAGAGAUUAGAGAUAAGAAAUUAAGAUUUCGUUUUAAUUUAAAUCAUUUUCGAACAUCUGAUGAAAAAGAACUUUCACUCCCUUCGGCUCAAGUUAGUGAUGGUCAAUGGCACACUGUACAUGUUUUACGAUAUGGGAGUACAGCAAGUAUUUCAUUAGAUGGUGGUGGUGGACGUCGUUAUAACGAAAUAUUAGAUUAUGAAAAUCAGCAUCAAUUGAUGGAAAUAGAGAAACAGAAUGUGAUUGCUGGUGGAGAUGUCCAAUAUUUAGGCCCAAGAGUAACAGUAGUUGAAAAUGAUUAUACCGAAGGCUGUAUGAAUGACAUUCGUCUUGAUCAAAAAUAUCUACCAAUGGAAAACGGAUCAGAAAAUGCUGCUGUUGUUGAAUGGCGAAAUUUAGUUGAUGGUUGUCCUUCAAAUGAUCCAUGUCAUGGUGUAAUCUGCCAGCCACCAUUCAUCUGUGUAGAUUUAUGGCGGUUACAUGAGUGUCGAUGUCGUCAGGGCUUUAUUAUAACAGAAGAUGGUAAAAAUUGUACAGACAAUGAUGAAUGCCUUAAUGAACCUUGUUUAAAUGGUGGAUCCUGUGUUAAUCGCUUGAAUGGAGAAGGAUUUUAUUGUGAUUGUCCGCUUGCUUUUGGUGGUGAAUUGUGUACUGCAAGACGUGAAGAGAAAGUUAUGCGUCUAAGUAUGGCAGCUCUUGCUGCAAUUCUUGUCUGUCUACUCAAUAUUCUCAUUUUGGUGCUAGUAAUUGUUGCAUAUACAAGAAGUAGACGUCCAGAGCAUAAAUAUGGACACGGAGAUGUUGAUGAUGAUGUUAGGGAGAAUAUUAUUAGCUAUGAUGAUGAAGGUGGAGGUGAAGAUGACAUGAAUGCAUAUGAUAUAACUCCAUUACGCAUUCCUAUAGAUGCUAGUGGCAUUCCAAUAGGAGUUAAAUCUGGGCCUGAAAAGCCUCCUGCAAAAGAACCAAGACAGUGGCAGGCACCACCUGGUAAUCAUCCAGAUGUAGGAGAUUUUAUUCAAGAUCAUUUGGAAAAAGCUGACCAUGAUCCCAAUGCUCCUCCAUUUGAUGAUCUUCGUAACUAUGCAUAUGAAGGAGGUGGGAGCACAGCUGGUUCUCUGAGUUCCCUUGCCUCAGGUACUGAUGAUAAUGAUCAAGACUUUGAUUACUUAAAUGGAUGGGGACCACGAUUCCAAAAACUUGCUGACAUGUAUGGACAAGGUGAAAGUGAAGAAGAUUAAAGAUUGUGUAUUUGAAAUCAAGUCAUUUUGCAUUUUGCCAGGGAAUUAAUUUCCUCUGUUGGACAUCCAGUGGUGUUUGAUAUUGCAGCACUUAAAGCUGUGAUGAUCUCAAUAAUUGAGUAAUUUAGAAAUAUAUUUCCACAUCUAUUAUUGGUGUGAAAUUUGACUACAGAAGAUAUAUUGUAUGAAAUUUUUUAUUUCUUAUUUUUUUUAUACUGAUUUAUAUGUUUUUGCCAUUUUUUAUGUUCAACCCACUUAUAAUUUAUUUUAUUGUGUGAUCAAAAAGGCCAUUUUACCUCACUUUUUUAAAUUACUAUUACAAAAAUCAGCUUUUUUUAGAUUUACCAAAUUUUGAGUAUUUAGAUUUUAUUUUAUUUAGCAUCAAUAUAAAAUGAAAUUAGCUCAGAAAUAAUUUGUCAUAUUAAUUGCUUGUUAAAUAUUCUUAAAUUGAUUUAUUACAGUAUCUUUAGUAAGUUGUAUUAUGGCAAUGUCCCAAAAUGACUCUGCCAUCACGUGCUCAAUGAUCUAGUGGGGAAAGAUUUGCCAAAACUCUUAUGUAAAAUACGUAUGUUGUGUGGAAGAAAUUUGUUAAAAUUUACAUCCAUGAGUUAUAUUUGUUGCUAUAUUAAAUUUAUUAGCCAAAGCAGUAUCAUAUAAUUCAGGGAAUAUCACAUAUGAAGUCAGAAUGAGUCGAGAAAUAUACUUAUUCCAAUACAUUCCAGGCACUUUCCAUAUCAAACAGUAUGGGAUAGAUGUAUUAUAAACAUACCAUUUGGUGCUUUUCCACCAGUCCUCCUGUAUUGUGCCAAGAGAGAAUGCACAUGCCUCAACAGGCACAAUCAGAAUAUUAUGGGCAGCUUUAAAUUCAAAAUUUAGCUCGACAAAAAAGGGAUUCUGUGGUGUUAUAUAAAUUUUCAGUUAGACAUUCUGUAUUUCUUUAACUAUAUUUUCUUUUCCCAUCCUUGUAUUUAAAUAUUUCAUAUUCAUAUUGAAGAAAAUUAGGAGAUGUGAUAGUCAAGUUUUAACUUUUGCCAUCAUUUGCAAAAGCUGAAAGCUCACAGACUGCCAUCACUGACAUAAUCACAGGUGCUUCUUAAUUGUCGGUGCAUUAUUAAGUUAUAUAAACAAUCUUGCAGGAGUAGAAAAAUCUCGGCACUACCAAUUCACGGGCAUGCAUUUUAUAACUGUUCCUUAAAACCGAAGUCAUUCAGAGUUUAUUGUAUUGUUGGUAUCCUCUGAAACAUGCCCCAUUUGUUACUGUAUGUACUAUCUAGUGUGAAUUUGUAACUUUCCACUUGUUCUUUCAAUUAUAAAAUUAAGUAACAUAAAUCCCUUCCUACAAUUUUGUAAUGAUUUUUAAGGGUUUGGGCACGUCAGACAUGUUCUUUGGAAGUAACAUAUUAAUAAUCACUUAUCAAAUGCAGUACCAGUUUUUGAAAUAGUACAUUUACAUUAAAAACAGGUAGUAUGGAGUUCCUAAAAAUAAACAACUAUCAGAAGUGAAGUGCCUAGUGUAGCCAUCUUUUGUAGAACAGGCUGCCGUAAUGCCCAAACCCAUCUUCACAUUGACUCCUGCCACAUUUGUACUCAAAAAUGAAAAAAAUCUUGGUUUCUUUGUCAUCAUGACCAAUUUGCCUUUAUAUAUGAAAUGUUUUGUUAGUACAUCAACAAUUUUACUCAUCACCACUUUUUGUCUUUAAUCCUGUCUUUUCUAAAAGUCCUGUUGUUUGUAGUUUAAUAAGUGCAUUGUUUGCAAAUUAAUAAAAAUCUGAUAAAAUAAAAUUUUGAUAUCAUAUCUUUGUCACAUUUAAAAAAUUUUAUACAAUUAAAACACUUGGAUUUACAGAUUCCUGGAAUCAGAAUGUAGUGAAUGCAUUUAUAAGCUGUUGUGCUUAGCUAAUAUUUCUUGCUGUUUAAAAUUUUAAAAAUUGUGACAAAUUUGACCAAAAAGAUUAAAAGAUUUUUAACUUGUUU